AUGGCUCCGAAAGCGGCGCACGCCACUGAAGAUAUUCAGUCUCCAAUUGACCUCACCACCGUUCCACCGUUUUGGAAACGCAAGAAUGGCAUUUUGCUGUACUUCUUGCUUACUUCCUCUCUGUUCGCCAGUAUGGCUCUUGGCAUUGAUGGGUCUAUGACCAACGCCCUUCAGACCCUUGAGAGCUGGCAAGACCGCUUUGGCCAUCCUACCGGCUCGAAACUUGGCUUCUUCGGUGCUUCCAACGCCAUUGGAGGUGUCAUACCAUUCAUCUUCCUCGGUUGGAUCAGUGAUGUCGCUGGCCGUCGUGUCCCAACUGCCAUGGGAUCCGUCGUCAUUAUUGCUGGUGUCAUGGUCCAACUGUUCGCGACCUCGCUCAAUAUGUUCAUCGGCGGCAAGAUUGUUCUCGGAAUUGGCUCCUCGCUUAUCCAGAUGGGUGCUCCCGUCUUGGUCACCGAACUCUCGCACCCCAAGGAGCGUGUGCAGAUCACCACGCUGUACAACACAAACAUUGUGCUGGGCUAUGUCAUUGGUGCAUGGGCGACAUAUGGAUGCUUCCGAAUUCCUAACCAAUGGUCCUGGAAGCUCCCUACUCUUGUCCAGGUCGUUCCAUCGGCAUACCAGCUCAUCCUCAUCUUCUUCUGCCCCGAGUCACCUCGUUGGUUGAUCGCAAAGGGCAAAGUCGACAAGGCCCGGGAAAUUCUGAUCAAGUAUCACGGUGAAGGCGAUUCCGACAGUGAAUUGGUCAAGUUCGAAUGCGCCGAGAUCCAGCAAGUCAUCGCGGAGGAAGCCGAGCAAAACAUGACCUGGAAGGAAUUCUUCUCAUCCAUUCCCAACCUCAAGCGCAUUUCACUCUGCUUUGCCACUGCGCUCUUCAGUCAGAGUUCUGGCAACCUGCUUGUCUCAAACUAUUUGACCCAGAUCCUCAAGGAUACAGGUAUCGAGGCCGAGAAGGAUAUCACUCUUGUCAACGGCAUGGUUACUCUCUGGCAGUACAUCGUUGCUAUCACCAUGACUCUUCUGGUUGACAAGUUCAAGCGCCGUACGUUCUUCCUCGUUGGAUCUGGUGGUGUUCUUGUCACGUUCAUCAUGUGGACCAUUGCGGCCAAGCAGUACCUAGAGGGAUCACUGGCCGGUGGCCGAGUCGUACUGGCUUGCAUCUUCCUCUUCCAAGGCUUUUACACUUUCGGGUGGACAAAUUUGGUUGUCACUUAUCCUCUUGAGAUUGUCACCUACCAGAUGCGAGCCAAGACCUGGGCAUUCGUGCUGCUCACCAUUCAGGUCUCUUCUAUCUUUGGUGGUUACGUCAACCCAAUUGGUCUGGAGGCUAUUGGAUGGAAGUUUUACAUCUACUACUGUGUCUGGGUCGCCAUCAUCUUCUUGGUCGUCUACUUCUUCUUUGUUGAGACAUCGGGACCUACGCUUGAGGAACUCACGUAUCUGUUUGAGGGUAAGGAUGCGAAGCAGGAGAUGGUCAAGGAGAUUGAGGUCAAGAAGGAGGAGCACGAUUUCAUCCACGAGAAGGGAGUCUAA